GGAGAGGGGAGGAAAGGGAGGGGCGGAAAUGGAGAGCGUGUGCAGCAGCAUGACGAGCACGACUCACGAGGGCUGUGAGAAGAAGUACAGCUCCUGACUAUUACUGGAGUUCACACAUGCACUCUCACACGACUCCACACACUCGCACGCAGCUUCAAUUUCCAAGUGAAGUUAUCCAGUGUGUGUUGGUGUUCUCUGCCUCGGGUUGAGGAGGGAAUAAAGCGGGUUUGUUAAGCAGCAGUUCGGUGUGUGUCCUGCUCCGCUGCCACCAGGUAGCCAGUGAGUUCUCUGGUGUUUGUGUCUUUGCAGGUAGCCAGUGAGUUCUCUGGUGUUUGUGUCCUUCCAGGGAGCCAGUGAGUUCUCUGCCACUAAUAAUAACCAUGAACAAUUCUGAUAUGGCGCCCUCGACAACCCUCACCACAUACACAAAUGCGACAGAGACGUCAGAUAUGGGGCCUUUAACAUCGCUUCCCACACAAGCAGACACCACCAUGAUUCAGGUGGUAACCACAGCAGCCCCCUCCAGUCCAGACUCCGCAGUUGUAGCAGUGGUUAUAGUUCUCAUCCUGCUGACGGUAGCUGCUUUGGGCUUCCUGCUGUACCGGUACCUCUGCCACAACAAAGGAGACUACAGGACGACGGGGGAGCCGGCUCCAGGCGAGGACCCCGACGAGGAGUACAAUAACCAGGCUGUGAGCGAAAAGAAGGAAUACUUCAUAUGAAGCUGGUGAAGACUUAACAGGCAGGGAGUGGAGAAAGACAGAUUGGAAGACAGAAGAAAUAGGAUUGUUUUUUGAUGUGUGUGUUGUUUUGAGGGAAGGCUGAGACUUCCUGCACAAGGGUGCAGAGAAACCUUCAGAUUUAGUUGUGAAAAACACAGAGGCAAUACCAAAGAUAAGAUAGUUACAGCAAGAGUGAGUACUGACGGAUGAGGAGCAGGUGUGUGUUCAAUUAGCAGAGCUAUGCGUGACACAGGUGGUGGGAUUUUAGUAUGUCACAGUUAACAUGAUCAGUAAAUACUCAGCAACAAUCAAAAUGCAAGAAAAGCUUGUCUGCACUAUUUAUCAGCCAUGUUUCAGUUGUUCUCUCUAGUAUCUGCAAUAUGUUUUAUUGUGACAGUUUUUUUCUCCACCUAACAAACCUUGUACAAGAUGUGUUAUGAAGCCAUUGGGGGAAGUCACUUUUAUAUUGAUUUGCUUUUAAAAUGACAGGUUUUUCUAUGCAGUUAUUUUAUAAGCUUGUUAAAGACAGUGUCCUCCUUUUUGUAUUCAGGACAGCCUAAACGUUAUUUGAUUUGUACAUGGUUUGUAUUAUUGCUUGUGACCCACGGUUACUGAUGACUUCCCUAUUUGAGAUAAAUAUGGAAGGCAAUAAAACUUGUUCUUGGACUGGUGCCAUUACAACAUGA